UACCUGCUGAUAAGUGUUUGAGGAAGAGAUAUUUGGCUUCAUAAUGUCUCUCUGUGCAUCUUCUCACAAGGAGUUUUCUCAGCUGCUCCCCAUUCAAGAUAUUGGAUGUAACAAAGCUGAGAUCAAAAGCUCACCAUCUGGCCUUAGUUCUCCUGCUCCCUACAACUGCAGCCAAGCUGUUCUGCCCCUGGAACACAGUUCCCUUUAUAUUCCUUCAUCUUAUGUUGAAGGCUGCCAUGAGUAUUCAGCGAUGGCCUUCUAUAGUCCCACUGUGAUGAACUAUAGCAUUCCCAGCAAUGCCAGUGACUCAGAAGGUGGAGCUGUCAGACAGACAGACAGCCCCAGUGUAUUGUGGCCAACUCCUGGACACCUCUCUCCUUUAACACUACACUGCCAGUCGUCCCUCUUAUAUGCUGAACCCCAAAAAGGCCCCUGGUGUGAGGCAAGAUCAGUGGAACAUGUGUUGCCUGUGAAUAGAGACACAAUGAAAAGAAAAGUAAAUGGGAACAGUUGUAACAGCCCCAUUAUCAAUAGCCCAGGCUCAAAGAGGGAUGCCCACUUCUGUGCUGUCUGCAAUGAUUAUGCUUCUGGUUACCACUACGGUGUGUGGUCAUGUGAAGGAUGUAAGGCAUUCUUUAAAAGGAGCAUUCAAGGACAUAAUGAUUAUAUCUGUCCAGCUACAAAUCAAUGCACAAUUGAUAAGAAUCGACGCAAAAGUUGCCAAGCCUGUAGACUUCGGAAAUGUUAUGAAGUUGGAAUGAUGAAAUGUGGUUCCCGGAGAGAACGUUGUGGGUAUCGAGUUAUCCGAAGGCAGAGGAAUUCAGAUGAACAAAUGAAUUGUCUUAGCAAAGCAAAGAAAAACAGUGAAAAUGUAACCCGAGUGAAAGAGCUGCUGAUGAAUGCCUUGAGCCCUGAGCAGUUUGUGCUAUCUCUCUUGGAAGCAGAGCCACCCAAUGUAUUUGUGAGUCGCCCCAAUAAACCAUUUACUGAAGCCUCCAUGAUGAUGUCAUUGACCAAGCUUGCAGACAAGGAGCUGGUUCACAUGAUUGGAUGGGCCAAGAAAAUUCCUGGAUUUGUGGAGCUCAGCCUGUAUGACCAAGUGAGGCUUUUAGAGAGUUGCUGGAUGGAAGUGUUAAUGGUGGGGCUGAUGUGGCGAUCAAUUGAUCAUCCUGGCAAACUCAUCUUUGCACCAGACCUUGUUCUGGACAGAGAUGAGGGCAAAUGUGUCGAAGGGAUUUUGGAAAUCUUUGACAUGCUCCUGGCAACGACUUCAAGGUUCCGAGAACUGAAACUCCAACACAAGGAGUAUCUCUGUGUCAAGGCUAUGAUUCUCCUGAAUUCCAGCAUGUUUCCUUUAGCAGCAGCAACUGAAGAACCAGAGAGCAGCAGGAAGUUACAUCACCUACUUAAUGCUGUGACUGAUGCAUUGGUGUGGGUUAUUGCAAAGAGUGGAAUCUCCUCUCAGCAGCAGUCAAUACGUCUGGCUAAUCUUUUGAUGCUUCUUUCUCAUGUUAGGCAUGCAAGUAACAAAGGUAUGGAACACUUACUCAGCAUGAAAUGCAAAAAUGUGGUCCCUGUCUACGACCUGCUUUUGGAGAUGCUGAAUGCCCACACAUUGAGGGGAUAUAAAAAGUCAUCUGUCACUGUGUCAGAGUGUGAUCCUGCAGAGCAGAGUGAGAGCAAGGAGGAAGGCCCUCGGGACCUGCAGUCUGAAUGAUGUCAUCUUACCCAGGAACUGGGCUGAAAACACAGAGGUGAUUGAGAUUUGAGCUAAAGUAGAGUCUUUUCUUGGUUGCCAGGUGUUUUGUGAAGUUCAUGAGAAAUGAAGCUCUGAACGGGUAGACACGUUCAUCAUCUAUCUGUUCUUUGGUGGAUGUCUCAGUCCUCAGCUAGAUGACACUGAUGAUCUAUUAAGGAGCAUAACCAUGAUUUUUAGGGGCUGGGAUAAGAAAACCAUUGACUCCAUGUUGCUAAAGAAUAAACUGGAAUGUUGGGUUUAUAUCUUUUGGGCUCUUGCAGGAUCUCAGAUCUGGCACCUCCCUGCCCCCUCUUACUCUGUCCCCUUUUAAAACUAUGUACAUAAUAAUUUUGUGAUGAGUGAUGAGAAAAGCAGCUGGAGAGUAGAUAGAAUGAGAAUAUCCCAGAGUUGGAAGGGACCUCAGAGACCUAGUAUAAAAUCCUUACCUGAAGCACUGUGAUAUAGGAAGAAAGAGUUCUAUAUUAGCAACCCAAGGAUGACAAUUGGAAUUUGACAUCCUUUUGUUCUUCUGAGCCUCAGACAUCAUGUCUAUAAAAUGAAAGUGGAGUAGAUAAGCUCUUUAGUCCCUUCUAGCUCCAAAUAAGUUAUCCUUUCUAUAACUCUCUGGGCAAGUCACAAUGUUUGCCUUAGUUUCCUCAUCUGUAAAAGGAGCUGGAGAAGGCAAUACCCUCAGUAUCUUUGCCAAGAAGGCCCCAGAAAGGUCAUGAAGAAUCGAAAAUGCCUGAAAAAACUUGAUGACAACCGGUGAAUGACAUCGUUGACACAGCAGUCCUCUAAGUCACCAACCAGCCUUUAAUGCUCUGGCAAAACAGUCUGAGCUUGGAGCUCUAUGUGUGACGGUACUGAGCACAGAUGUCUCUGGAUGUCUCUGGGACUGCAGGAAGGACCAGAAAUUAUACUCUCCCCCAGCUCCUUUUGUGGCUGCGCUAACUUAGGCACUGGAUAGAAUGGAUGCAUGUCUCCAGUGCCUCAGUAAUGAAGCCAAAGCCUCCCCCGUGCUUUGUGAUCACCUGCAAAUUGCAGCUAGGUGAAUCUGUUCUGGCCAUGUUUUUAUUUUCUGAUUUUUGGUAGCAAUGUGAAUUUUGACUACUGAAAAAACAUUGUUCAUCCUGAUGUGAAUAUAAUUUACUUUAGUAAACAUAAGAGUAUGUAGCCCAUUUGAAUUGUUUUUAUUUUCCUCUCUCUUUUGUAAAUAAGUUUUAUAGACAGUGUUAAAAUUUGAGGUCAGAGCUGUAAGAUGGACUUGAAAAGAAAUUGUAGGCAGUAGAACAGGGAGUUAGGAGCAAUGAUGUUGCUUGGAACUCUUUGAGGGGCACAAUGUGAACCAUGUAAAAGGGUAAGCUGACUUUCUCCCACUCUUGGGUCUUUCUCUUGUGCUCUCAACCUCUUAGGUCUCCUGGAGUUUCCUGUGGGAGACAGGAGCAGCCUAGUUGUAAGGUGCCAAUGUGGGACAUGAAAUUGUGUCGAGGAGUUAAACACCAAAUAAAUAUGGGUUUUGUCAUGGGACUGCUGAAGAAUUGAUAAAUUCAGUUGAUGGUUCAAAGUUGUGGUAAAUAUUUUUACCAGAUUUCCAAGUCUUUCCUCUUCCCAGAAAAAGGAAGGAAAGAGUGAAAUGUUUUAAGGAAAAAACAACCACCUCACCCUACCUCCUCUCCCUCAAUUCUUAAACUUAAACUUCUACUGGGGGAUUCUAGGUGUGAAGGUCUGAUUGCUUUUAGCUUUAUAUGCUCACUGUGAUGAAUUCCUAAUAACAAAUGCAUAGUAUGCUGCAGAAACUCUUAUUCUGAGGAAUAGUUGCCAAUCUUAUGCACAC